GAAAGGGGAGGGAGGGCAUCAGGUGUCAAUACGUCAUUCUGGUGCAAGGUGUGGUGAAAGGUGCAUUCGCUGGCUAGUUUAAACUGAAAGAAUAAAGCCGUCGAGCUGGAAAAUCUGCUCAACACGCCCGCCUGUAAAGUUCAGAGUGAAGCAGGAAGUACAGCUAUCCAGAUAGGUUGUGUUUACUUGCCUUCACUGUUUACUCCAAAAACUGCCAAAAUGAGCAAAAUCUCCAAGUUAUUCAAGGGGAGCUCUGGCUCCAGUUCAUCGAGCUCCAAACAUCACAGGUCAAAGGGAGGACCUACACCCCAGGAGGCCAUCCACAAACUCAGGGAAACAGAGGAAAUGCUGACGAAGAAACAAGAGUACCUGGAGAAGAGAAUAGAGCAAGAAAUAAUGAUAGCCAAGAAGAACGGCACGAAAAACAAGCGAGCUGCUUUGCAAGCCUUGAAGAGGAAGAAGCGAUUGGAGCAGCAGCUCACCCAGAUCGAUGGCACACUCUCCACCAUUGAGUUUCAGAGAGAAGCGCUGGAGAACUCGCACACCAACACAGAGGUCCUAAAGAACAUGGGCUAUGCUGCUAAGGCCAUGAAGCACGUCCAUGAGAACAUGGACAUUGACAAGAUAGAUGAUCUGAUGCACGAUAUCACAGAGCAGCAGGAUGUGGCUCAAGAGAUCAGUGAAGCCAUCUCCAGACCUAUGGGCGAGAUGUUUGAUGAGGAUGAGCUGCUGGCUGAGCUGGAAGAGCUAGAGAAGGAAGAGCUUGAGGAUAGCAUGAAAAGUAUGGGCGGACUACCCAGUGUGCCCAGCUCCAAACUGCCUUCAACACGGCCAAGUCAGCGCGCAACAACAAAGAAAAGGGUUGAAGAUGAUGACGACAUGCGUAUGCUGGCAUCGUGGGCAACUUAAGUACAUUAAAGCAGACUUGCACUCACUGAAAAUGCUACAUUAAUAUAAGAUGGGGUUUUUUUUGUUUAUUAUUGUUGAGUUUUUAUUGGGCAAAGGGAGGAAUACUGCAUUAUUUUAAAAUCUCAUCUCUUGGCUCAUAACUAUAUAAUGCCACUUGUAUUUAUGAAAUUAAAAAGAUUAAGUGAAGGAAUCCACAGACUGUAAAUUUAAAUAUGCUUUUCUUUUUGUUUUUUGUUUGCCUAGCCUAUUCAGAAUGUUCUACUUAUAAUAGGCUAAUGCAGGACUGUGUUGUUUAACACACAGAACAGAAUGCUUUAUUGUAUGUAAGACCACUGUAAAUAAGCUUAGACUUUGCAUUAACAUUGUAAAUAUGCUUUUCAAUGUUCAAAAAUAAAAACACUCCCCUCAUG